AUGAAGAGGGAUGUAGCAGACUGGGUUGCGAAGUGCAACACUUGUGCCUUGGUGAAGGCAGAGCAUCAGGUUCCGGGUGGUCUUUUGCAGAGUUUACCCAUUCCAGAGUGGAAGUGGGACAGGAUUACGAUGGAUUUCGUGGUUGGACUACCUGUUUCGAGGACUUUCGAUGCUAUCUGGGUGAUUGUGGAUCGGUUGACUAAGUCCGCACAUUUCUUGGCCAUCAAGAAGACAGAUGGAGCUGCUGUCUUGGCUAGGAAGUUUGUGCGAGAGAUUGUGAGGCUGCAUGGAGUGCCAGCUAGUAUUGUGUCAGACCGUGAUCCCAGAUUCACUUCAGAGUUUUGGAGGGCGUUUCAGGCAGAGAUGGGCACUAAGGUGCAUCUGAGUACAGCUUAUCAUCCGCAGACAGAUGGUCAGUCAGAGAGGACUAUUCAGACUUUGGAGGAUUUGCUGAGGAUGUGUGUGUUGGAUUGGGGUGGCCAUUGGGCAGAUCACCUGAGCUUAGUUGAGUUUGCAUACAACAACAGCUUUCAGGCGAGUAUUGGCAUGGCUCCAUUUGAGGCUUUGUAUGGGAGGCCAUGUAGGACACCCCUAUGCUGGACCCAAGUGGGGGAGCGCAGCAUGUAUGGAGCUACUUAUGUUCAGGAGACGACAGAGAAGGUUCGUGUUGUGAGGCUGAACAUGAAGGAGGCUCAGGAUAGGCAGAAGAGUUAUGCAGAUAGACGCAGACGAGAGCUUGAGUUUCAGGUGGGAGAUAGAGUUUAUCUCAAGAUGGCUAUGUUGAGGGGUCCUAACAGAUCCAUAGCAGAGAACAAGCUGAGUCCGCGUUUUAUGGGUCCGUUUCCAGUAGUGGAGCGAGUUGGGCCAUUGGCUUACAGGCUGGAGUUGCCUGAGAUUAUGAAAGCCUUUCACAAGGUUUUUCAUGUGUCGAUGCUGAGGAAGUGUCUUCACCCUACAGAGGAGUUAGUGGCUAGGAUUCCAGAGGAUCUUCAGCCAGAUUUGACAGUGCCGGCAGUGCCUGUGAGGAUUUUAGAGAGGAGGGAAAAGGUUCUGAGGAACAAGAGGAUUCCCUUACUGAGGAUUUUGUGGGAUUGCAGUGGUUCUACAGAGGAGACUUGGGAGCCAGAGGCAAAGAUGAAGUUGAAGUUCAGGAAGUGGUUCGACAAGCAGGUCGAGGAGUGA